AGGAAUUCUGGGAAGUGUAUUUCCAGCUUUGCGCUUCCUCUCUGGAUGUCCAGGUUACCGGCUGCCUUCCCUGCACUGAGACACUCCCAGGCACGGGUCUGCCUGCCAGGACUCCCCAUAUCUCAGUCGGCAACCUACAUUUGCAGAAGUAAGAAGAAAAGAAUGACCACAUUUAAGGAGGCGGUGACCUUCCAGGAUGUGGCUGUGGUCUUCACGGAGGAGGAGCUGGGGCUGCUGGACGCUGCCCAGAGGAAGCUGUACCGGGACGUGAUGCUGGAGAACUUCCGGAACCUGGUCUCCGUGGGACACUGGAAUCAAAAUGAGAUAAAGAUUCUUCAGGAAGUUGAAUUAAGGGACCUUUUUCAUGAAGACUUUGUAUGCUGGCCAAUAUGGGAACAAAUUAUGACUAAGUUAACCAGAAAUCAAGACUUGAUAAUAAAUCUACAAGGCAAGAAAUCUGAUUUGCCAAUCCAAAGCGAUUCCUUCUGUCAGUUGUGGGCAACAGAAUCCACUCAGGUUUCUGAAGAUGAGAACUAUGCAAUAAAGGUUCAAGGGGAAGUUCAAAGUGACAAGCGUAUAAAAAAUCAAGAGUUUCCAAGUAAGACCACCUGGGAUUUCUGGAGAGAGGCACAGAAUUAUCAGAGUAGGUGUCAGCAGUUUGAUGGGAAGUGUAAACUGUGUAAGUGUGAUGGUUGUGAUAUUAAAAGGACCUCUCAUGAUCAUGAUGAUGAUCAGGAAGUACAGAAAGGUGAGAAGUCGUGUAGCCACAAUAAUUGUGGGAAAUGUUUCAUGAAGACUUCAUGUCGGCAUAAUGGAAUCCAUGUAGGAGAGCAAAAUUCUCAUGAGAAUGGACAAGGCUUCAGUUCUGGCCCCAAUCUUGAACUUCAUCAGCAGUUAUACCGUGGAGCAAAAUCUCAUAAGUGUAGCGAGUGGGGGGGUGGCAUCAGUUAUAGCUUGCUGCUUUGCACUCAUCAAAGUGUUUUCACAGAAGAGACAUUCAGUAGGAAUGGUGAGUGUGGUGAAGACUUCUGUCAAAGCUUACCUCUGCAAAUCCAUCAGAGAGUCAACACAGGAGAGAAACCCUAUAAAUGUGGUGUGUGUGGGAAAGGCUUCAGUCGGAGUUCACAUCUUAAAGUUCACCACCAAGUCCACACUAGAGAGAAACUCUACACAUGUGCUGUGUGUGAAAAGGGCUUCAGACUAAGUUCUCAGCUUCAUGUCCAUCAGCGAGUCCACACUGGAGAGAACCCAUACAAAUGUGAGGCAUAUGGCACAGGCUUCAUUCGUAGUUCACAUCUUCAAGAACAUCAACAAGUCCACACUGGAGACAAACCCUACAAAUGCUCUGUGUGUGGUAAGAGCUUCAGUCAGACCUCAAGUCUUCAAGCCCAUCAGCGAAUCCACACGGGAGAGAAACCCUACAAAUGCGCUGUGUGUGGUAAGAGCUUCAGUCAGAAAUCACAUCUGCAAGUUCAUCAGCGAGUCCACACGGGAGAGAAACCCUACAAAUGCGCUGUGUGUGGGAAAGGCUUCAUGUGGAGCUCGUAUCUUCAUGUUCAUGAGAGGAUCCACACAGAAGAGAAACCGUACAAAUGCGGGGUGUGUGGGAAGAGCUUCAGUCAGAGUUCACAUCUUCAGGCCCAUCGGCGAAUCCACACCGGAGAGAAGCCGUACCAAUGCGCCGUGUGUGGUAAGAGUUUCAGUCGGAGUUCGCAUCUUCAAGGCCAUCAGCGAUUCCACACAGGAGAGAAGCCCUACAGUUGUGCUGUGUGUGAGAAGAGCUUCAGUCAGACCUCAAGUCUUCAGUACCAUCAACGUGUCCACCGUGGUGAGAAACCCUACAAAUGUGCUGUGUGUGGUAAAGGCUUCAUGGUGACCUCAAGUCUUCAUGUUCAUCAGAGGACCCACACAGGAGAGAAACCCUACAAAUGUAGCGAGUGUGGGAAGAGCUUUAGUCAAACCUCAAGUCUCCAAACUCAUCAGCGAGUCCACACAGGAGAGAAACCCUACAAAUGUGCUGUGUGUGUAAAGAGCUUCAGUCGGAGUUCAUACCUUCAAUCCCAUCAGCGAGUCCACACUGGAGAGAAACACUACAAAUGUACUGUGGGUGGUAAGAACUUCAGCCAUACCUCAAGUCUUCAAGACCAUCAGCGAAUCCACACUGUUGAGAAUCCCUACAAAUGUUAAGAGUGUGGGAAAGGCUUCAUGUAUAGCCUGUAUUUUCAGAUUUAUCCGAGGAUCCACACAGGGGAGAAUCGCUAUAAAUGUCACCUGUGAGACAGUACUUCAGUCUCACUAAAUCUUGUCUUCAAGCUCGUCACUAAGUCCACACUCGAGCAAAGCCAUAAAUAUGUGAGACAUGUGUAAGGGCUUUUAUCAUAGUUCAUGUCUAAAAGAAUUCCAUUGAGUCCGUCCUGGACAGUAACCCUGCUAGUGUGCUGUGUGUGUGUGGUAAGAGCCUCAGUCAGACAUCACAUGUGCAGGUUCAUCAGCAAGUCCACACAGGAGAGAAGCCAUACAAAUGUGAGUCUUGUGGUAAGGGCUUUAAUCACUGUUCACAUCUUCAAGGACUUCGGCGAGUUUACACUGGAGAGAAACCCUACGCAUGUGCUGUGCAUGGGAAGGGCUUCAGUUGGAGUUCACUUCUUCAAGCCCAUUGGCGAGUCCCCAGUGGAGUCAAAACCUACUGAUGUGCCGUGUGUGGCAAGGACUUCAGUCAGACAUCACAUCUGCAAGUUCUUCAGUGAGGCCACACGGGAGAGAAACCCUGCAAGUGUGCUGGGUGUGGAAAAGGCUUCAUGUGGGGAUCUUACCUUCAUAUUCACCAGAGGAUCCACACAGGACAGAAGCCCUGUAAUUGUGGCGUGUACGAUAAGGGCGUCAGUCAUUCCUCAAGUCAGACAUCAAAUCUGCAAGUGUAUCAGAGAAUCCACACAAAACGGAAGCUAUAAAAAUGUGAGACACGUCAUAAAGGCUCUAAUCACAGUUCACGUCUUUAAGAACAUCAAUGAGUCUGCACAAAAGAGAAACCCUACAAAUGUGCUGGUUGUGGUAAGAGUUUCCAGUUAGACCGCAGUCUCCAAACUCAUCAGCAAGUCCAACUGCAGAGAAACACUACAAAGUUCUGUGUGUGCUGAGAGGUUCAAUCAGACUUCACUUCUGCAAGGUCAUCAGUGAGUUCACAGUGGAAGAAACCCCACAGACGUGCCGUGUGUGAGAAAGGUGCUGUGGGGAGAUCGUAUCUUCCUGUUCAUCAGAGGAUCCACACAGGACAGAGACCCUAUAAAUGUGACAUGUGUGGUAAGGACUUCAGGCAGAACUCAAGUCUUCACGCUCAUCAGGGACAAGAUAGAAGUUAUGCAAAUGUGAGAUAUGUUUCAUAAUUAGGUUUUCGUGUUUA